GAGGAGGAGGGAUGCCCGUCCUGCGCCGGCCGUUUCCCGGCGGAGCCGUCAGCUGACGCCGCCGUUUCCUGGCUGCCGCCCGCCAUGCUGCGGCUCCUGCUCCCGCUGGCCGCCCUGGCCGCGCUGCUCCGGGCGGCGGCUUUGUUGACCCAAGGCAUCCCUUCAUAACCACAUUAUUGACUUCUGGAGACUUCUGCAGAACAGAAGGGAACAGUCAGGAAGCAAAGAUGAUCUCCUUCAAGCAACUGCCCAUUGAAGCCAAGGCUGCAGUGGCUGCAGGAGUGGUUUUCUUCUCCAUGAUGCUAUCACGGAGUUACCUGGCAGAAAAACUCGAUUUCAGGACACGGCGCUGGCUUCUAAGGCUGCAAAUGGCACUGUUUGCUAAUACACUCAUGUUGAUGGGAUCUCUUCAUGUUUGGAGAAGCACAGUCACCACGUUCACCAGGUCUUCAGCUGCCAGCUCCUUUUGUUUCAUGCUGUGGAAAAUAGCUGUGUUCAUGUUUCUAGCUUUGGCUCAUUCAAGCUUCUUUACAUUGCUAUUUCUUGUUGCAGAAGAGCCCUAUUUCUUUUCUUUAGCUGCCUACACUUGCUUGGGGGCCUACAUUAUUCUCAUCUUUUUCCUCUUCACUCUGGGCUCUGUAGAGCAGGCUUACAAGUUCUUGGCUGGGAGAGGCGCUAAGGCAGGCACUGGCAACAAGAACAGAACAGCACUGAAACCAGUUCUGGCAGUCUUGCUGACUGUUGUGCUGACUGUUGUUGGGCUGUUAAAUGCUUCCCAGCCCCCUACUGUGAAUUCAGUGGAGAUUCCAGUUCACAAGCUGCCCUCAGCAAUGAAUAACCUGAAAGUGGUGUUGCUUUCAGAUAUCCAUCUGGGGCCUACAGUUGGGAAGACCAAGCUUGCCAUGAUAGUGAGAAUGGUUAAGGCUUUAAAACCAGAUAUCACCGUGAUUGUUGGGGACCUGUCUGAUGCUGAGGCAAAGAUCAUACGACCUGCUGUUGAGCCUCUUGGAGAACUUGAUUCUCCUUUGGGGACUUACUUUGUCACAGGAAACCAUGAGUACUACACCUCAGAUGUUAGCAACUGGUUCGAGCUGUUAAAAUCAUUUAACAUUCAGCCAUUGCAUAACGAGAAUGUGAAGAUUGUUUCACCAAAGAGCACUUCCGACUGGUUCUGCCUGGCCGGCGUGGAUGAUAUUGAAGCAGAUGUGUUGCGCUAUUCGGGACAUGGCAUGGAUUUGAAAAAAGCUCUCCGAGGUUGUAGCAGUGAGCAUGCAAUAGUGCUCUUAGCUCAUCAGCCAAUUGCUGCAAAGUGGGCCCUUCAGGAGAGACCAGACAUAAAUUUAAUUCUCUCUGGCCAUACUCAUGGAGGGCAGAUUUUCCCUCUAAAUGCUGGAGCUUAUCUUCUGAAUCCAUUCUUUGUUGGCUUGUACCAAGUUGGGCAGAAUACCUUCGUCUACGUCAGCCCAGGGACGAUGUACUAUGGAAUACCCAUGAGGCUGGGCAGCAGAGCUGAAAUAACAGAGAUUGUUCUGCGUUCUCCUUGAGGAGUUUCCAUUUGACAGACUUAUAUAUUUUUUUUUUUUUUGGCCAGUUUAUUGGCUCUUCUACUAUGAAAGCAAAUUAUUUUUCAGGGAAGCCAGAGAAGAUGUGUUGGGCUGAACUUCAGCAGGUUCUGUUAAGUUUGAGCAGAAAACACUAACUGUAUCUUGGGCCUAUGAAACAAAUUUGGGACAUGUUAAAUUACUGAAGUAAUUAUGUCUUUGAGUUCAUUAUUGUUGAGGUUCUGCAUUUGAAGAUAACACUGAUGUCACAGCAAUGAUGUGUGUCCUGUGCAUGUUUAGUAAUACCUGUGUCCUGCAGCUACUUCAUGUUCCACUUGGUGUCCAUCAGGCAGCUGCCUUAUCAAAUCUCAGGCAGGUGAAGUUCUGAGCUCGUGCAGUGAAGUCACUGAUGUGUGCUUUGCAGAAAGGCCUGCAAGAAUGUGCACUGAGUAUGGAAACUCUAGGAGGCUUAUGCUAGAGUUGUUAUGGGGAAGGAGGAGUUUAAUAGUUUAGAGUUGGUUUGGUUUUUUUUGAUUGAGACUGGAUGUUUUUAUCCUGCUAGCUGUCUGCAGCAUGCACCAGGGCUUCCAGUCCAUGCUUCUUACUAGUACUAUCAGUUGCCAGGCCUCAGUUCUAAAAUUCAGUUUCGUCCAGUUAAAAAGUUGUUGAAACUGACACCAAAAGGUGCAAGCAGCUGUCUUUCUCAGGCAUUUUCCCCAGAAUAGUUGGGCAUCCAGUAAUUGCUUACUGAAAAUAAUAGCUCUAAUAAAAGCAAAUGAGGAAAAUUCCAAAAUUAA